AUGCCGCAAAGCCAACAUUCGCAUUCGUAUAGCAGCCAGUUUGAGUUUGCAUGGCCUCACACGGCAAGACACCGUACAGGCCCGCGCCGACCUCAAUCAGGCGCUGUGAGUGUACCUGAAGAUGCGUCGUCAGUAGCGGGGGAGGAAGAAGAUAUGGAACUGCGGUCCAGCGACGACAGACGUGUGGAAGACUCGGAUGACGACGAUGAUGAUGUAUUCGCAUUUGUGGCAUCUGGCCCCUCUCGAAAUGUAUCUGGGCCGACCACGACAUCGCACCAAGCGCAUCGUGAAGCGGCGAUUGAUAUCCCACAGGACGAAAUGGAUGCCUGGUCCGAUGAAAGUGCAUCGUUGGAGUAUGGGAAAGACCCUGUACACAUGGGCGUGACAGACAGCCCGUAUAUGGAUGACUACAUGGACUUGUUUGGUGAGCGAGCUAGUGUGCGCCACUUUGACUCGUUGGCUCGUCGUGUGCCACAGCAUUCCUUCGGCAGUAUGCACUCGCGGGAAAAGUCCAUAUAUGCAGCUUCGGAUGUGCCUUCCACCGUGCAUAUGCUCGAAGAGGGCUACCUCGCGCCUGAGCAUGGGCAUCUGGAAAGAGAUAUGCAUAAUUCUAUGCAUACUUCUAUGCGCAUGGGGUCAAGCAUGGCGUCGCAUAUGCCAGAAGCGGCCAUACCUUUGCAGCGUGUGAACAAAGCUGAUGAAACAGAAGAAGAGAUGGUGGUAGACGACGAUGAAGACUCGCCCUACCCGGAAGUAUGUGCAUCGGUAUCGAACAUGGACGACCCAACGAUGCAGAUUCUGACAUUCCGCUCCAUCUUCUUGGCGACCUUGAUUCCCGUGGUGGUAGGAGCGAUCAAUUUGUACUUUACUCUGCGAUACCCUGCACCCACUUUGUCACCGCUGAUUGUGAUCGUGAUAGCGUACCCUAUCGGGAAAAUCAUGGCCAUUACGCUGCCAACGCGCGUAUUUCAAUUUCCCCAAUGGCUUGGUGGAUUCCAAUUUUCGCUGAACCCUAGCCCCUUUAAUAUCAAGGAACACGCGCUGAUCGGUAUUGCAGCUUCAAUAUCGAUUGUGCCGUCGUUUUUGUUCAACUUCCUUGUGGCGAACGAUGUGAAGAUCGAGUCAUGGCAGGGCCAGGACGAGUGGUUCGAUUUUGUGUUUAUCAUGUCGAGCGGGGUGCUUGGCUUUGCCUUUGCAGGACUGCUCUACCGACUUCUUGUCCAACCAUCGUCCAUGCUCUGGCCCCAAGCACUUGUCCUCUCCACGAUUCUAAACACGCUGCAUGCAGGCGAAGAUAUAUUCGAUAAGCGCAUGACGCGUAUGCGAUGGCUUGUGAUCAUUGCUGUGCUGGCCUUUUUGUACAACUUCUUCCCUAACUACAUCUUUUACGCAUUGCAGCUUUUCUGCUGGGUCACUUGGAUUCGGCCGCAUGAUGUCACGACGAAUAUUGUGACAGGGGCCAAGGGGAUGGGCAUGACCAGUCUCAGCUUCGAUUGGAAUCAAAUUAUCUACCAUGGCUCCCCCCUCGUCAUGCCAUGGUGGGCCGAAUGCAAUUUCUUCUUUGGUUUUGUUUUAUUCGCGUGGUUCGUUAUGCCGAUCCUGUACUUUACCAAUACAUGGCAGUCGGCCUAUUUCCCCUUCAGUGGGGCCAACAUGUAUGACAAGUACGGCAAACUGUACCAGAUCCAGAACGUCCUUGAUAUGCCCUCCAUGCAAUUCAACAGGGACAGGUACGAAGCCUACUCGCCUGUCUAUCUCCCCUUGGGCUUCUUGGUAUCCUAUUUUGCUGGAUUCGCCAUCAUCACGUCGAUGAUUGUCCACACUACAGUCAACCAUGGACAAAUCAUCUUCCAGGUCUGGCACCGUGGGAAGAGAGAACAAGAUGACAUCCAUGCAAAAUUGAUGCGGAACUACCCGUCUAUUCCCUCAUGGUGGUACUCGUGGCUUUUCAUUAUACCUUUUUUGACCAUUGUGAUUAUCAUCGACUACCUCAAGUUCGAUUUCCACACGUCUAGCUUGGUAGUCGCCCUUCUAUUGGCCUUCAUCUACCUCCUGCCCAGUGGCUUUAUUAUGGCACUAACCGGUGUGCAGCUCGGCAACAAUAUCCUUUGUGAUGUGAUUGGAGGUUAUUUGCUGCCUGGUCAGCCACAGGCCUUUAUGUUGUUCAAGGGCCUCAGUGUACAAACUCUGGUAUCGUGCCUGCUGUUUGUGGGCAACAUGAAGCUGGGGCACUACAUGAAAAUCCCUCCGCGGAUCACCUUUUGGGUGCAGAUCGUGGCUACGGUCAUUGUGAGCUGCGUUCAGAUGGCCGUCAAGCGAGUCUUGUUUCUUACGGUCCCAGACAUGUGUACUUAUCACCAGAAAUACAGCUUGACCUGCAUCAGUGCCAACCUCUACUACAGCUCGGCACUGAUGUGGAGCGCCAUUGGGCCCAAGUACAUUUUCAAGGACAAGGCGUUCCAAUUUAUGCUAUGGGGCUUGCUUGCAGGUUUCCUGGCCCCUACGUUGCUUUGGAUCAUUCGCGCACGUUUCCGAGUGCGAUGGCUGUAUUAUGUCAACUUCCCUGUGAUCUUUUACAGUAUUUCAUUCUUUCCGAUGUCAGGCAGCCUCAACUACACCAUGUGGUUCUUGGUGGGAACCAUAUUCCAGUACUAUUUGCGCAAGUACCACUUCCGUUGGUGGUCGAAGUACAACUUUACGACCUCGAACGCAUUGGACCUAGGCACCGUCAUAUCGCAGUUGGUCAUUCUCCUUACCAUUCUCAUCCCGUUAGGCGACCGUUCUAUGAUCAACUGGUGGGGAAACACGGUGGUACGCUCCACCGCGGACUUCAACAAUGUGCCCUUAAAGGAAGUCCCGCCCGGUGGCAUCAAGCCAGUCGUGUUUGGUUAA